AUGAAAAUCUUCGAUAUUUUGCUGCGUGAUAUCACGGUCACAAGCCUUGCUACUCCGAAACAUAGUGAUCUUCUCGAGGCAUCGGAUGUCCUUCUGCAACUCUUCAUCGAUGGAGACUUCGUUAAAAAGGUUAAUCUCGCCAAGCAGGAUCUUCCAUCGCUGGGAUGGAAAGCCGCAGAUGAAAUUGAAAUUCAAACCAACUUUGUUUCAUUUUCCGUUGGUAUCAUCAGUGAAAACUGCAUUACCCGAUUCAAUGACAUUGUUUGCCGGAAUUUAUUGGAAAUGAUGAAUGGAAAUGGCUAUCUUUCACCAAAAUCUUUUUCAGGCCAUUUUAUUGAUAGUGAUGGUCACCCUGUGAUGGAAUUGCAUUUUAUGUUCUGCAUUUCAAUCAUGAUACCAGAAAAUCAAGACAUGCUCAGAAUUCAAAUUCACUCAGACAAAGCUACCUCCUCCAGCACAAUACAAGUUCAGGAACAUUGCCAUAUGUUGCAACGAUUUGCUCAGCUUUGCACAAGACAAUUUCAGAGCUCACAAGAUCUGGAUUAUCUGAACCAGGCAGUCAGUCUCUUUCAAUAUGCUGUCAGUCUGGUCUUGCUAGAGGACCCUAAGAGAGCUGAUUAUCUUUCUGGUCUUGGCAAAUCACUUAUGCUUCGGUUUACUUGUCUUGACAAACUGGAUGAUUUGAACAGAUCCAUUCUGGCUCUUGAUGCUGCUGUCAAUGUUAUAUCUGAUGCUAAUCCCAAGAAACAAGGGGUGAUGAGCAACCUUGGAUAUGCACUCUCAUUGCAUUUUCAUCACACUGGCAACCUUGAUCAUAUCACUCACUCAGUUUCCAUACUUGACAAGGCUCUUCAGCUGGGGGACCCCAAUGAUCUUGCUUGUCUGACUAACCUUGGAAAGGCUUUGUAUCAGAAAUCAGAGGGACUUGAUAAUCUCAAUGAUAUUGAUAGAUCUAUAUCUGUCUUUAAGAAAGUUGUGGAACUCACUCCAAAUGAGGAUUUCCAUAAAGCAACAUCUUUAACCAAUCUGGGAGGUGCAUUUCUCUCAAGAUUUGGUAGACUGCACAAUAUUGAUGAUCUCAAUGACUCUAUCUUGAAUAACCAGAGGGCUGUGAAUCUGUCAGUUGCUGGGAGUCCUCAUGAAGUCAAUUGUUUAAACAACCUUGCAAAUUCACUAUUGCACCGUUAUCAACAGCUUGGCAACAUUUUUGACAUCAAUGAAUCUAUCUCUACUUUUGAGGUUGUUGUUGAGUUAACAGCUGAUGGAAAUCCAGAAAUGCCUCUUCAGAUAAGCAAUCUUGGAAAUUCACUUCAACAGCGUUUUGUAGGGGCUGGUGACCUGGGGGACAUCAAUAAGUCUAUCUCGCUGCUUCAAGAAGCAAUUGAUUUACUACCUGAUAUUCAUCCAUCCAAACCUUCCAUUAUGGGAAAUCUUGGAAAUUCUCUUGUCAGACGUUUUGAACAUCUGGGUGAUGUUGGGGAUAUUAACAGAUCCAUUCAAGUGUUGACUAAUGCUUUGGGCCUUACACCUCCUGGGCACUCAUACAUGGCAGCCUGCUACAAUAACCUUGGAGUUGCACUCUUGCGUAAAUUUGACUUGUUGGGGAAUAGAGCUGAUAUUGAUGAGGCAAUCAAAAUGCUAACUAAAGCCAAUGAGGCAACAGAUAAUUUACAGCAAGAAAAGCUUUCCCGAAUGAGUAAUCUUGGCACCACUUUAUUGAAGUGUUUUGAUAAAUUUGAUAAUGUCAAUGACCUUGAUAAUUCAAUAUCAGUCUUUGAUCAGGCCAUGGAGCUUGCACCUGGUGAUCACCCACAUAAAAGCUCCUGUUUGAGCAACCUUGGAAGUGCUCUAUCCAAGCAUUUUGAAAGACAGUAUCAUCUCAAUGAUAUUAACAGAUCUAUUCAGGUACUUGAAGAAGCUCUUCAUAUCACACCUGUUGGGCAUCCAAAUAGAGGAAAUGUGCUGCAUAAUCUUGGGAGUUCACAGUUCCAGAGAUAUAAGAGUACUUCCAGCAUUAUUGAUGUUGAAUCUGCGAUACAAAACCUUUCUGCAGCUGCUACUUCAAAAACAAUUGCAGCUUCUCAUAGAUUCUUUGCAGCAUCUACAUGGGCUGAUGCAGCCAGAGCAAUCAAAAAUGAUCAAUCUCGAUUUGAAGCAUAUGGAGUGGCAAUUGAACUUCUUCCUGAAUUGGCAUGGCUGGGUUUGUCAGUUUCUGAUCGCCAUGGUCAUCUCUUGGAAGCAGGCCAUGUAGUGAGAGAGGCUGCUGCAGCAGCUCUAAGUGUUUCUCAAUAUGCAACUGCAGUUGAGUGGCUAGAGCAGGGUCGCUCAAUAAUCUGGGGUCAGAAACUUCAGCUUUGUACACCACUUGAUGAUCUGGAAAGAGAUUGUCCUGAGCUUGCAAUAAAAUUGAAGCAGAUAUCAAGGCAACUAGAAAGUCUAUCUUCAGAAGAUAGUAACAAUCUGGUGGUACAACAAUCCCAUGAUUUAGCACAUAGAAGAGAAGAGCUUUUAAAAACUAUUAGAACCAAAGAAGGUUUUCAUAAUUUUUUGAAGCCAAAGGUGUUAUCAGAGCUUCUUCCAGCUGCAACUGGUGGACCUGUGAUUAUUGUGAAUGCCAGUUCAGACAGAUGUGAUUCAUUGAUUUUGCUUUCUGAUUCUGAUGAUAUUGUGCAUAUUCCACUUGAUCAGUUCAGUUACAAAAAGGCUUUACAGUUGGCAGAAACACUUGCAAUGCUGCUUAAAAACAGAGGGAUGAGAUUGGCCCUUCAACAUCAGGGUCAGAAGGAUCCUGAAGCAAUCUUUGAAACUGUUCUCUCUCAGCUUUGGGUUAGCAUUGUUAAACCAAUACUGGAUGGUAUUGCUAUUAUUAAUCCUUCAGAUAUAACUAGUGAACUCACUCACAUAAACUGGUGUUUAACAGGACCACUGUCAUUUCUGCCAAUGCAUGCUGCAGGCUUGUAUUCAGAAGAAAAUUUUGGGCUUGGAAAUAAAUUGUCUGACUUUGCUGUCUCAUCCUAUAGCCCAUCCCUAAUUUCUCUUCUGAAUGGACAUAGAUCUGGAAAAGGAAAGGAAAAAACUAAUCAAGUUCUGGCUGUUGCUCUACCAGCAGAAUCAAGAUUACCUGGAGCUGGAAUAGAAAUAGAGAAACUCAAAGUGCAUAUCAAACAUUUUCCCCUUCUUGAGUUACUGGAAUCAAAAGCUACAGUAGAAGCUGUCACAGCUGGCCUGAAAGAAUCUAGUUGGGUUCACUUUGCUUGCCAUGGAAUUCAAGACAUUUCAAACCCAACUGAGAGUGCACUACUUCUUGCAGAUCACUCCCAAUUGACUCUAUCCACAAUCUCCAAUUUUUUACUUCCUCAUGCACAGAUUGUCUUUCUGUCUGCAUGCCAGACAGCUACUGGAGAUAAAGAUCUUGCAGAGGAGGCUGUUCAUUUGGCAGCUGGAAUGCUUUUUGCGGGCUUUCGUGGCACUAUUGGUACAAUGUGGUCUAUAUCAGACCAUGAGGCACCUGAAGUUGCAGAUUCUGUUUAUGCACACAUUUUCAAAGACAGUGAUCCUGAUGCCAAACAAGCAGCUUAUGCAUUGCAUGUAGCCAUUAGAAAGCUUCAAGAGAAAGGCAGUUCAUAUUUCUCUUGGGUUCCAUUUAUCCAUUUGGGUGUUUAA